AUGGCCACUCUCAAUGUUCUGAUGGUCGGUACCGGCGAGUACACGACCGGCUUCGUCGGUGGCGGCGCCUCUGGCUCGGACAAGAAGGUCGGCGUGGUGGGUCUCAGCCUUUUCGACCUGCGUCGGCGCGGCAAGGUCGGCGAUCUGUCCAUGGUCGGCACGACAGGGUCCAAGUUCCCAGCCAUUCGUGAUCACCUGCAGAAGAACAUUACCGAAGCGUACAACGGACUCGACACCUCCUUCACGUCGUACCCGGCCGAGGGCGUCCGGAAUCCCGACGCCUACAAGGAAGCCAUUGAUGCGCUCAAGAAAGGCGACGCCAUCACGAUUUUCACUCCCGACCCGACGCACUUCCCCAUUGCCCUCUACGCCAUCGAGCGCGGCAUCCAUGUCAUGAUCACCAAGCCGGCCGUCAUGACCCUCGAGCACCACGUGGCGCUGAUCGACGCCGCACGGGAAAACGGCGUCUACGUCUACAUUGAGCACCACAAGCGCUACGAUCCGGCCUAUGCCGAUGCGCGCCACCGCGCGAAAAAGCUCGGCGACUUCAACUACUUUUACAGCUACAUGUCGCAGCCCAAGUCGCAGCUCGAGACCUUCAAGGCCUGGGCGGGCGUCGAGUCUGACAUCUCCUACUACCUCAACAGCCACCACAUUGACAUUUGCGACUCCAUGGUCGCCCAGCUCGGCUACGCCCCCGUUGCCGUCACCGCGUCCGCCUCCACGGGCGUGGCUACGGCGCUCGGCUGCGCACCGCAGACCGAGGACACCAUCACGCUGCUCGUGCGGUGGCAGCACAAGUCAGAGCCCGGAAAGAGCGCGACAGGCGUGUACACGGCGUCGUGGACGGCGCCGCAGCGCGCUGGCGUGCACUCGAACCAGUACUUCCACUACCUGGCCGAGAAGGGCGAGGUGCGCAUCAACCAGGCGAAGCGCGGCUACGACGUGGCCGACGACAACGCAGGCCAGCUGAUGUGGUACAACCCGUUCUACAUGCAGUAUGCGCCGGACGAGGACGGUAACUUUGCAGGCCAGUCGGGCUACGGCUACGUGUCCAUGGAGAAGUUUGUGGACGGCUGCCGGGCGGUAAACGCGGGUACGGUCACGCCCGAGGGCCUGGACGCCAAGGCGCUGCCCACGCUGGCCAACACGAUUGCAACGACGGCCAUCCUGGAGGCCGGCCGGCGGAGCAUAGACGAGCGCCGCGAGGUCGGCAUCGCGACCGAAGGCGGCGUGUGGAAGCUGGUGUAA